UGACGUCAGCGCGUACAGCGGGACGUCUCGGAGAAGAUAAACAAAAAGGAAGGAAGCCUUCGGCCAUACAAUCGCGGCAAAACAUCGGUUCAAAAAAUCUAGCUUUCCAGCUCCAGUCCGCCGCUCCAUGAGCCGUCUGGUUGAUUAGCAGCGUUCACAGUCAUGGACGAGGGGAUCAUAUUUCGCAUGAGUGCAUUUUCCGAGCAAGGGGGCAGGAAAUACAUGGAGGACGUGGUCGAGAUACGAAUCGAGUACGAGCCGAUGCCGACACCAGCCGAAGAUGACCCAAAGUCUCAGGGACGCGGAGCACAGGGGGAGGCGGACAGUGGACCCGCGGAGCAGCCCGUGAACGAGACACCGCGCGGGCCGGCCUCCUCCGCGGUGUGGGUCGAGAGUCUCACGGACGAGGCCGACGACAACACGCCGGCGUCGGAGGGGAACGUCGCGGAGCGUCCGGUCGACACUCGGAAGUCCGUGGCGUUUUUCGCCGUGUUCGACGGCCACGGGGGUCGCGAAGCGGCACACUUCGCGAGAGACAAUCUGUGGGGCUUAUUGAAGAAGCAGCGGGGCUUCUGGUCGAAGGAUCACAGCGAAGUGUGCGCCGCUCUCAGGAAAGGGUUCAUCGCCUGUCACCACGCGAUGUGGAAGGAGCUACCGGAGUGGCCAAAGACGAUAACCGGCCUGCCCAGUACGUCGGGCACCACAGCCAGCGUGGUUGUGAUCCGCGGGGUCCACAUGUACGUUGCCCAUGUCGGCGAUUCGGGAGUGGUGGUUGGAGUGCAAGAAAAUGACUCGGACAUCACGCUGCAGGCGCUGGAAAUAACACAAGAUCACAAACCUGAACUCCCCAAAGAAAAAGAACGGAUUGAACGACUGGGUGGCAGCGUAAUGAAAAAAUCUGGGGUGAACCGUGUUGUGUGGAAGAGGCCGAGGCUGACCCACAACGGCCCUGUGAGGAGGAGUACAGUCAUCGACCAGAUCCCCUUCCUGGCUGUGGCCCGCUCCCUCGGCGAUCUGUGGAGCUACGACUUCUUCAGCGGGGAGUUUGUGGUUUCUCCAGAGCCCGAUACCACCGUGAUGACCCUCGACCCCAGCCGGCAUCGCUACGUCAUCAUCGGCAGUGACGGACUGUGGAACAUGAUGCCGCCCAAGAAUGCAGUCAACAUGUGCUCCAGCCACGACAAAAUGGUGGGACCAAAGGGAAUGUCCUGCGCCCGCCGGCUGGGGUGCACAGCCCUACUGUUUUGGAAAGAGCGCAUGCUCCGUGCAGACAACACAACGGUGAUCGUCCUGGCCCUGCAGGAGCGCGGGGGCCCACCAAUCCCGAUGCAUCGAGAUGAGAUCGUCGUCGACAUGUCUACAGGAAUGGACCACGUUCCCUUCCCGGGAACAACUUAUAACACGUGCGUGGUCCCAAAGGAGGAACAUGAUGAGGAUGAGGAUGACAUGUUUUUUGAAGAAGAUGAGAUAUAUGGAGAAGAACAUGAGGGAUGGCCAUGCCUGGAGUGGUAGUGAGCGGAGUGACGCAACAAAUGCCCCCUCCCCAUUCAAAGACAGUCCCGCGGCUCUGUGGCAGGCAUUUGGGCUGCGUGAAGCAGCUUCCGGCGCCCCCGCACAGCUCUUACCUGACGCUGCCACUCGGCCCCCCUCAGACACUUCAGCGAAUGAUAUCGAAAAGCAAGACUCUGCAACCCCGAUGGGCUGCGCUGCUCCUGCGCCUCCCUUUAAGAGGCCUCGCCGCUCUCCCCACGCACACGGCGGGCCACGGGGUCCCCCCCGUCGGCUCGGCCGGUCCUCCAUCAAACGUCUCCUCCAGGCGACGCCGGGCGGCAAUGUACAAAGUGAACAUCCGGGUCAAACUCAAGGUCAAGUGAGGAGCUCCUCCGAGGACAGCGGCAUCCUACCGCCGCGCCACAGCUCUUCCUUGUGCGUGUGCUGAUUAUUGUCUUAUAGAAACUGUUUUUUUUUUUGUUCUCGAUGCGAGAAGGAUAAUCUGUAUCAGGUGUGCCACGGGCCAAUUCCGAGACGUAUACUUUUUAUACAAAAAUGCUUUGCUUUUGUAAAUAUGUGAGAGAUUUGAGGUUGUAAAUGUGUUGCUGUUUUAACCUUUUUCUUCCUGGCCCCUCUCUAGAACUGAGUGUUCGCAGACAUCUUUAAAUCCAUUUAAUCCACACAAUCUAUUUUCAUACGUAUAAGUAUGUAUAGUAUAUAUCCAAAAGGCGUAUUUUGAGGAUAGAUGACUACAAUAUGAGAUCAGUUCACCAAAAUUAGGACACGCGCAAUCUUCCAGUUUGGAUUUCCAUCGAAUGAAUUCAAUGUUUAAGAUUGAUUUUAAUCGUCUGAUGCCAUAACAUCCCCAUUUUUCCGUCAUUGGAGUCAAUACCUCAGACUGAAAUGUGCUACUAUGCCAUUGUUAGGGUAUUUUAUUAUUAUAGUUAUAAUGAUUUAACUGCGUUCCAUAGAAGGCCCCCCCGUAAGUGGUGAUACUGCGGCGUGCAAAAUAAUGGUAUACGGUAUUGAUGAAGAUAUUGAUUUUAAAUCUGUUGCUUGUUUAGAGUAUGAACAGUGGCUAAUUAUGUUCCGUCCUGAUCACAAUUGCCACUCGGCUAAUUGGUGUAUCUCGUGCACAGCUUGUGAGGAGGCGUGAAAGGGUCUGUUCACCAAAACCAGAAGAAAAAAAAGCCAAAUUUGUUCUCUCAUUUCCCCCUCGUGGUAUCUCUGUCCGUAAUGCACAUAACGCGUGGUUGUAGUGAACUGACCCCCUUGAUGGAGAGAUCCAUCUCUUUAUUUGACCAAUGGUGCUGAUGUGAAAGCCAAGAUAUACCCGUGCCUCACUGGAAGGUGGUUUUGGAGUCUGCUUUUUACUGGCCCCUUCCAUUUCUUUUCAUAUAUUGUACCCUUGUGUGUGGUCUGCUCCCAUAACUUGUGUUAACAUGGCAGCUCGGUUCCUCUUUAAGCCGAUUUGGUUUCCCUCUUGUCUUUUCCAUAAACGUGUAACGGUUGCCUUAGCACAAAUGAGUCAGAGGUGCUAUUCACAGGUUUUCAUAGUUGGGGCUCAAACAGGGGUGAGAAAUCUCCAGGAUAUCUCAAUGUAAAUAUGGCUGUGGCCCAGCAGUUUGUGGAUUUUACUUGUACAGCACGUCAAUAUGCAAUAGAAGUUUGUACAGUACGUUAUUAUGCACAAGUAUCGGGUUUAUUUAGGAUUCUGGCAUGCUCGGAUCUACUCUGUAAUGUUGUCGUGUGUCCAGAGGUAAUGGAUGUUAAUGGGCAUGUGUUUUGGUUUUUGACGGUGACAAUACUUUGUGUCUGGCUUCAUAUCCACUGCAACACAGCGUGUCUGUGUGUUGUAAUAAAGCUCUCAUUUCCCAAAAAGGGUUAAAAGAGUGUGUUGCAGUGUCUAUGCGGCUCCAGACAACCAUCUCCAGCCCAGUGUGUGUGUGGAGCUGUUAUCGUGACUAUGAUUAAUGACCUCGCAUGUUUCUGAUUUUGAAAAAGUAACGUUUUCCUUCAGCUACUGUGUAGCUUGAAUAUAUAUCGAGGGUGUGUGCAGGGUGCACUGGCGUUGUGUUCCAGUAGAUGGCGGUGAUGUAAAGGGAUUAAACAGUUGUGUCUCUGCAGUGA